AUGCCGCUCAACCGCAAGAACGUGACCAUCUCGCUGCCCACCGCGAACGACGACGCGAGCCCGUACGACCUCACCGACUCGGGCGCGUUCCGCGAGGGCGAGCUCGAGAUCGACAGGCGGGGCCUUCGCAUCUCCGGCGUGGGCACGCCCACCGCGCCGGCGCCCACGCCGACGGGCGCCAAGCGCGCGGGGGUCGCGACGCCGACGGGCGCCAAGCGCGCGGACCUGCAAGUCAUCGACGUCGUCGGACGCGGCGGCAGCGGCGUCGUGCAGCGCGUCACCCAUCGACCCACCGGUAGGAUCCUCGCGAGGAAGAUCGUCCAGAUGAACGUGCAGGCGGAGGUUCGCAAGAACAUCAUCUCCGAGCUGAGGGCGCUGCACAGCUGCGACUGCCCGCACGUGGUGCCCUACCACGCGGCGUUCUUCUCCGAGGGGUCCAUCAGCAUCGUGCUGGACUACAUGGACGGCGGAUCUCUCUCCGACGUGACCCGAGCCAUCGGCGCAAUCCCGGAGACACAGCUGGCGGGGUUCGCGAAGCAGAUCGUCGCGGGACUCGGGUACCUGCACGCCACGGCGCGAAUCAUCCAUCGCGACGUCAAGCCCAGCAACCUGCUGGUCGAUAAACGGGGCAGGGUCAAGAUCAGCGACUUUGGCGUCAGCGGCCAGCUCGCCAACUCGGUGACCAAGUGCAACAGCUGGGUGGGCACGGUUACGUACAUGUCGCCCGAGCGAAUCGGCGGUUUGGGGUACGGCUUCGACUCGGACGUGUGGUCGCUCGGUCUGUCUCUGCUCGAGUGCGCGUUGGGGCGGUUCCCGUAUCCGCCGAGCGAGCCGGGACAGUGGACGGUCGGUCCGCUGGAGAAGGAGGGCGCGGACGGCUGCGCGCUCGGGUUUUGGGAUCUGCUGGACCACAUCGUGGAGGAGUCGCCGCCGAGGCUGGGCGAAGGUGACGCGUUUUCCGCGGAGUUUGCGUCGUUUAUCGCGACGUGUCUCGUGAAGGAGCCCGGGAAGCGCGCCGCCGCGGGUGAGCUGCUGAAGAGCGCGUGGAUCGAGGGUGUGGACGAGGGGGCGGAGGACGUCGCGCUCGCGGAGCUGGUGACGAGGGCGGCUGACCUGCGGGCGGAGGAGAAGAAACCGAAGGCGUCGGAGGACAAGGCGUAG